AUGACCUCCAGUAAAGACAUGAAGGCAGGUUCAGUGCUGCAGUCCAGCGGGGAGGAGCGGAGACGGGCUCCCCUGGACCAGCUGCCUCCGCCGGCCAACUCCAACAAGCCUCUGACACCCUUCAGCAUCGAGGAUAUCCUAAACAAACCCUCAGUGAAGAAGUCUGUGGCGAGUAUCUGUCCACCGAGAGUCCUGGAGAAAGUCACCGGCUCCAACGCUGCUCGUAACGGGAUCACCACUCCCUCCUCGCCGCUGUGCGCUCUGGAGGAGCUCGCCAGCAAAACCUUCAAGGGGCUGGAAGUCAGUGUCAUCCAGGCAGCAGAAGGUCGAGAGCAUGUCAACUCUUUCGGACAGAGACAGACGUCGAAGAAGAGGAGAAAGUCGAGGACAGCCUUCACCAACCACCAGAUCUACGAGCUGGAGAAGAGGUUCCUCUACCAGAAGUACCUCUCUCCGGCCGACCGAGACCAGAUCGCCCAGCAGCUGGGGCUCUCCAACGCACAGGUCAUCACCUGGUUCCAGAACCGCAGGGCCAAACUCAAGAGGGACCUGGAGGAGAUGAAAGCCGACGUGGAGUCGCUCAAGAAAAUCAACCCUCAGACCCUGCAGAAGCUGGUGAGCAUGGAGAGCAUCGAGGAGUCCCAGGGUGGAGGCCCCGAGGCCAGGUCGCCCAGUAUCUCCCCGACCUCCCAAGGACACCGGGCCUUCCCACAGUCCCCCUCCUCAUCCAGAGACCAAACCACGGAUGAGUUCUCGGAGGACGACGAGGAAAUCGAGGUGGAUGAUUGA